AGCUGCAAAAUAGCAAAAUAAUAACGUUUAAGAAAAACUGUUUAAAGUGAACAUAACCUAUAAAAUAUGUCAAAUGUAUAAACACUUUCUUUGUGCAAGCAUUUAUUAUUUAAUAAAAUGAGUGUUCUAUAUAGAAGACAAUUAUUGUACAAAUAUAAGCGAUGUGUAUAUGGCAGAUCCAAAUCUACAUCAAGCCAGUCUAAUAAAUCGUCAGACUGGGUACCUACAAUAGGUCUAGAAGUGCAUGCUCAGAUAUCUUCAAAAUCUAAAUUGUUUUCGGGAGCUAGCACAGAUUUUUCAAGCCCUGUUAACAAUUGUGUUUCAUUCUUUGAUGCAGCCAUUCCUGGAACUUUACCCGUUUUGAACCAGAAAUGUGUCGAAUCGGGAAUACGGACAGCGUUAGCUUUGAAUUGCUCAGUGCAUAGAUUGUCGAUGUUUGAAAGGAAACAUUAUUUUUAUGCUGAUUUACCAUCUGGUUAUCAAAUUACUCAACAACGCAAACCUUUGGCUAGCAAUGGAUUUUUAGAAUUUUAUGUAGAUACAGAUCAUAAUAAUAAAAAGAUUAAGAGAUAUAAGAAAGCUUCAAAGUUGUUGAGAAUUCAACUUGAACAGGACAGUGGUAGAAGUUUACAUGACGAAUAUGAGAACAAGAGCCUUGUGGAUUUAAAUCGAGCUGGAAUACCUCUAAUGGAAUUAGUAUUUAAUCAUGAUUUAAAUAAUGGAGAGGAAGCUGCUAGUCUUGUAAAAGAAUUGGUGGCUGUCUUACAAGCUUUAAAUACUUGUAAUUGCAAAAUGGAAGAGGGUGCCCUGCGUGUGGAUGCUAACGUUUCUUUAUCUAAGCCUCAGCAAGGUGAUAAAAAUAUUGAACUUGGAAUUAGAACUGAAAUUAAAAAUAUAGGAUCUAUAAGAGGAGUUGCUAAUGCAAUUAAAUAUGAAAUUAACAGGCAGAAAGAGAUUUUAAAUUCAGGUGGAAAGAUUGUUAAUGAAACAAGAGCUUGGGAUGCAGCCAAAAAAAUUACAGUAGCUAUGAGAGAAAAAGAAGAUAGACAUGAUUACAGAUUUAUGCCGGAACCAAAUUUGCCACCAUUAAUUUUGAAAAUUGAUUCUGAUCCAAUUCAUAGUAAUCAAAGCAUUGUCUCAAGCAAUGAUAAAUGGUAUAAACCUGAUGAUUCUUCAGAUUUGAUUAAUGUUUUAUCUUUGAAAGCUACAUUACCAGAACUGCCUCAUGAGACCAGAAGUAGAUUGGUUACUGAUUAUAACUUGACUCCAGAGCUAGCUAUUACUUUAGUUGAUGAUUCAAAGCUGUUAUCACAUUUUUUAUACAUUGCUGAAAAUACCAAAAUGAACCCAAUGAAAGCAGCAAAAUUUCUCAUCAAUGAACUGCUAACUGUUUUAAAUAAGAACAAAAUUGAAAUUGUAGACUCUCCUAUAACCAAAGAGAAUUUAACAGAAAUAUUAAAUUUAUUACAUGAAGAGAAAAUAAAUAGCAAUACAGCCAAACUGUUAUUGCAGUAUUUAAUUGAAGAUCAGUCAAAAACUCCUAUUGAGAUAAUGAAAGAAAAUAAUUGGGUACAAAUCUCAGAUGAGGAUGAAUUAACAAAAAUUUGUCAAGAAAUCAUAGAACAAAAUCCAAAACUAGUCAAAUUAUACAAAGGAGGCAAGAAGAAAGUGCUCUUUGCAUUAUUGGGAGACAUAUCCAAGAAAACUGAAAACCGUGCUAACAUGUCCAAAGUUUCACAAAUUUUGGAAAAUAUGCUCAAAUAG